UGUUGAUCGACCGUACCUAUAUCAUAAUGAACCUAUGUAUAUUUACUACCGUUUUACUUAUCGUACUGUUUAACAUUGAUAAUUUAAUCAAAUAACAAAUAAGCAACAGACUGUUCGUAUUGCCAACAUAUUUGUUUGUAAUUAAACGACUUGUAUUUUAUUUGACGCCCUACUAAAUAUAUUGCAACCUAUUCAUGCCAAGUAAAUAUUUGUAAUACAAUUCUGCCAAAUUAAAUGAAGUUCUGAGAUGUUUACCACCCUGCCAGGAAGAAUCGAACUGACGAAACAAUCUGUUUACUAGAUCACAAGAGCUUUUAAUAAAUACAAUUAGCUGAAAAUUUAAAUGUUUUCCUUGUUAGUAGAUAGGUACGGAACCAACGCCGGCUAAGUUCCUUGUUUUAAUUCUCAUGAGUAAACAUGCCACUGGCAAUACCAACGUCGUUUAAACUAUCUCAUAUUUACCCAAAGUAUAAUACAAACGAUGUCAAUAUUUACCAAACAGCUUAAUUAUGUUAAAUGAAACGCUAUGUAGGGACAUUGCCACCAAUAUGAUUUUCAUAUCAGACACAUUUUGUGCCAGACACAACUUGAGAAAGUAGUGAAAAUAAUUGUAAAAAUAUGUCGACCUCUAUUGAACAAAAUUUAAACAGUGAAGUAAAUUAUAUCACAAAAGAAGAUGUGAAAAUAAUAUUAGCGAGUUAUAAUAACAAUAGUGAAGAAAUUAAGGUAGAUAAUUAUGUUGUUCACAAUGCCAGUGAUAAGAUGUUGGGAUUUCUGGCAGACUAUUGGAGGGUCAGGGUUCACUUGUCUAAUAGAAAAGUCCUACAAUUCUUCGUCAAGGCCAUAUCAAGGAGUAAUGCAGCAAAAGCCAGUAUGGUGAGGGAAAUGCACCUGUUUGAUAAGGAAGCCUUUUUCUACUCUGUAAUUAAGAAGAAAAUUGAAGUUCCGGGUGUGAAACCUUGGGCAGCUACGUUAAUAACAGCUCUUAAAGACGCAAUGGUAUUUGAAGAUUUAAAAGCUGCGAACUAUAAGUUACAUAAUAAAUUCGAGAGAUUCGACUUACCUCACACACUCCAAGCGUUAAAAACGUUAGCAAGGUUUCAUGCAUCUUCCAUUAUUUUCGAGGAGAAUAAAAAAAAGGAAAGAAAUGAUCAAUACACGAUAAAUGAUGAAUAUGAACGAAAUUUGGACAAAGGAGGUUACCAUUUGGCAUCUGAUUGGUUUUCACAAUGUAUGACAGGAGCGUUAGACGCAGUUAAGGCGUUCUCGAAGUAUAACGAAACUGACCUGGAAUUAGUUGAGACAAAUUGGUGUGGUGUCUGGUCUUAUGCUAUGAAUUUAAGUGAUAGCUCUUCUAAAUACAGGAAUGUGAUUUGUCACCGUGAUUUAUGGAACAACAAUAUUAUGUUUCGCUACAACAAGGCCGAGGAUGGACGGUUGGAACCAAGUGAUUGUCAGUUGGUUGAUUUCCAAGCCAUAAGGUACCAGCCUCCCGCUGGUGACGUCAUGCUACUCCUCUGUUGUAACUUAGAUCCGAAAGAUCGCGAAGAAAAUUUGGACACGUUUUUAAGUUUUUACUAUGAGGAGCUCAAGAAAAUACUGAGUGCCUUUAACUUUGAAAUAAGUAAUAUUAUACCAAAAAUAGAAUUUAUGAUCUCAGCUGAAGAACAAAGGCAGUGGGGGCUCGUUGUAUGUGCCUGUCUCGUACCACAAUUUUGGCUCAACGACGACUUUAUCACAGAUACAUUCACGGACAACGCACAGUUUGAUGAAAUCCUCUCUAAAAAUAAAGGUCAAUUCAUAAAGAAGAUGAUGGAAAAUAACUUUGAUUACAAACAAAAAGUUAUGGAAAUAUUUGAAGAAAUCGCAGACAGGUAUUGUUUAACUGUAAAAUGAUGGUUAACUGGAAAAAUAAAGUACAAUAUUAGUAUUAGCUUUUUAUUUGUGAAUAAGUCAAGAUGUUAAAUAUACAUAAUAGCAUGAAAUUAAACAUCGCGUGCUUAGAUAACAACCGAAGGCAAAAAUAUAUUAUGUGAAUAUUAUAAUA